AUCAGUCAUAAAUUGACAGUUCAAACUGAAGAAAAAUUUUACGGGAGAUAUACAAGAAAAAGAUGUGUCUCCCUUGAAUAUUCCUUAAACCUUAAAUUACAACCGCUGUUAUUUGCAAAAAGAAAAUUGGAUAAUUAAUCCCACUUUUUUUGCUUGGAAAUUAACAAAUUACACACCAUUUUCUUAACAACCAAUUAAUUAAACGCCUCCAACAGCCAUUAUUACUUAACAUCAUCGAUAUUUAGUCCAAACCUUCACAACAUGGCAAUGUCUAAAGUAAUAAGGGUAUUGGAGAAAUCCAUUGCCCCCUCACCGCAUAGUGUGCUGAUGGAGCAUCGUCAUAAAAACGACAGUAUACUAUUUGAAUCGCAUGCAGUGGCAUUGCUGUCGCAACAGGAAACCGAUAUAAUACGUAAACAAUAUACCAAAGUUUGUGAUGCCUACGGCUGUUUGGGAGUUUUGCAAUUGAAUGCUGGCGAAAGUACGGUACUAUUCCUAGUGCUGGUCACGGGUUGUGUAUCUAUGGGCAAGAUAGGGGAUGUCGAAGUGUUUCGCAUACAACAAACACAAUUUGUUUCAUUGCAAAAUGCUGCGCCCAAUGAGGAUAAGAUAUCGGAAGUGAGAAAAUUGCUAAAUUCGGGUACAUUUUAUUUUGCCCACACCAAUCAGACAUCGACUACCAUGAAUAAGUUUGAUAUAACAUUGUGUGCCCAAAGGCGUCAACAGACCUCGGAAACGGAUAAUCGUUUCUUUUGGAAUCGCAUGAUGCAUAUUCAUAUGCUGAGAUUUGGCAUUGAUUGUCAGGCCUGGCUAUUGAAAGCCAUGUGUGGUUCAGUGGAGGUAAGAACGGUAUAUAUAGGAGCCAAACAGGCCAGAGCGGCCAUAAUAUCAAGGCUGUCGUGUGAAAGAGCCGGCACUAGGUUCAAUGUUAGAGGUACCAAUGAUGAUGGCCAUGUGGCUAAUUUUGUUGAAACCGAACAGGUGAUUCAUGUUGAUAAUGAUGUUACUAGUUAUCUGCAAACUAGAGGCUCUGUUCCUCUAUUUUGGGAACAGCCAGGCGUUCAGGUUGGCUCGCACAAAGUUAAACUUUCCAGAGGCUUUGAAACUUCCGCUGCUGCAUUUGAUCGUCAUAUGUCAAUGAUGAAACAACGCUAUGGUUAUCAAACCAUUAUUAACCUGCUGGGAACCUCUUUGGUGGGCAGCAAGGAGGGCGAGGCCAUGCUUAGCAAUGAAUUCCAAAGGCAUCAUGGCAUGUCGGCCCACAAAGAUGUACCCCAUAUCAUUUUCGACUAUCAUCAGGAGUGUCGUGGCGGCAAUUUUGCCGCUUUGUCCAAGCUUAAGGAGCGCAUCACUGCAUGCGGCAUUAACUAUGGCGUAUUUCAUGUGUCCAAUGGCCAAGUGUUGCGCGAACAAUUCGGUGUUAUACGCACCAAUUGUUUGGAUUGUUUAGAUCGUACCAACUGUGUACAGACCUAUUUGGGUUUGGACACGUUGGCCGUGCAAAUAGAGGCUUUGGGUAUGGGUGAGAAAAAGAAUUACUCGAGAUUUGAGGAGAUUUUUAAGCAAAUGUGGAUUAAUAAUGGUAAUGAGGUUAGUAAGAUUUAUGCGGGCACUGGAGCCAUACAGGGCGGUUCGAAGCUGAUGGAUGGAGCGAGAUCGGCGGCCAGGACUAUACAGAAUAAUUUGUUGGAUAAUUCGAAGCAGGAAGCCAUUGACAUUCUCUUAGUCGGCUCUACCCUCAACUCUGAAUUAGCAGAUAGAGCUCGCAUUUUGCUACCCUCCAAUAUGUUGCAUGCUCCUACCACAGUGUUGCGUGAAAUGUGCAAACGUUACACGGAAUAUGUUACUCCCAAAACGGCUCGUGUAGCCGUAGGCACUUACAAUGUCAAUGGUGGCAAACAUUUUCGCAGUGUGGUCUUUAAGGACACCCUAUCGGAUUGGCUGUUGGAUUGUCAUGCUUUAGCUCGAUCCAAGGCAUUGGUGAAUGUUAAUAAUCCUUCGGAGAAUGCCAAUACUCCUGUGGAUAUUUAUGCCAUAGGUUUUCAGGAAAUUGUCGAUCUAAAUGCUUCCAAUAUCAUGGCCGCCAGUACGGACAAUGCCAAGUUGUGGGCAGAGGAAUUGCAAAAGACCAUAUCACGUGAUAAUGACUACGUCCUGUUGACCUAUCAGCAGCUGGUUGGCGUAUGCCUUUAUAUUUAUAUACGCCCAGAACAUGCUCCCUAUAUAAAAGAUGUGGCCAUAGAUUGUGUGAAAACUGGCCUGGGCGGAGCGACUGGCAAUAAGGGAGCCUGUGCUAUACGUUUUGUUUUGCAUGGCACUUCAAUGUGUUUUGUUUGCGCACAUUUUGCUGCUGGUCAAUCGCAGGUGGCCGAGCGUAAUGCUGAUUAUGCCGAGAUCACCCGCAAAUUGGCCUUUCCCAUGGGCCGCACUUUGAAAUCUCAUGAUUGGGUAUUUUGGUGUGGCGAUUUCAACUAUCGCAUAGACAUGGACAAGGAAGAACUGAAAGAGGCCAUACGGAAUGGCGAUUUGAAUUCCGUUCUAGAAAACGAUCAAUUACGCAAAGAACAAGAGGCGGGCAAUGUAUUUUCCGAUUUUCUGGAAGGUGAAAUAACCUUUGAUCCCACUUACAAGUACGAUGUGUUUAGUGAUGAAUACGAUACCUCGGAGAAGCAAAGAGCUCCGGCCUGGACUGAUCGUGUGUUGUGGCGUAGACGCAAGGCUUUGGCUGAGUCUGAUUAUUGCAAUAACGAUUGGAAUCCGGGUAAACUAAUACACUAUGGACGUUCGGAGCUAAAGCAAAGUGAUCAUCGUCCAGUUAUUGGCAUUAUUGAUUCGGAGAUUGUGGAAAUUGAUCAAAAGCGCAGAAGAACAGUUUUCGAACAGGUUAUUAGAGAUUUGGGACCACCCGAUUCAACUAUAGUGGUUCAUGUGAAAGAGUCUUCGGUGGACGAGGAGGGUCCCACUAUUUAUGAUGAAAAUGUCAUGUCCACUUUGAUACAGGAACUAACCAAAAUGGGCGAGGUUACUUUGGUGCGUUAUGUAGAAGAUACCAUGUGGGUUACAUUCAGAGAUGGUGAAGCUUCUCUCAAUGCAGUGGCCAAGGGGCAUCUCAAUGUUUGCGGCUUAGACUUGGAGUUUGAAUUGAAAUCGCCCAAUUGGAAUGAUUAUGUGGACAAUGAGAUUGAAUUGUGCACUACAAAUACCAUAGCUUUGUGUGCAAAUCCUCAAGAGCAGGCACAAUUAUUGAAUGCCACCCCUGAAGUGCCACAAAGACCAAAACAACCACCCACAAGGCCAGCACCCGCUAGACCACCCAUACCCAUGUCACCAAAGAACUCACCCAGACACUUGCCACAUGCCGGAGUUAUCAGUGUGGUGCCAGAAAUGCUACAGAAACCGGCCAAGCCACCUAUGCCACCACAGCCGCAACAAACUCCUCAACUACCAGCACCCUUGAGACCAGUACCAGUGGGCUCCGGCUCCGAUACGGCCCCCUCUUCGAAAUCUCAAUCGCCAACCGAACAAACUUCACCUUUGCACACGUCAUCGGGUAAAGUGUCACCCUCUGGCUCGGGCUCCCAGGCCGGAUCAUUGCCGCCCACACCGCCACGCCACACACAAAGCAAGAACGUCACACCAGCUUCGACACCGUCACGCCAAUCGAAACAAUCAUCGGUAGAUGUGCAAGAUACCUCAACAUACAACGAGAGCAAUAUUUAUGAAGAAAUCCAAGAUGACAUACCUGCACCACGGCAUCCACCACCAGCAUUCCCACCGCCCGUGGGUUUGGCGGAUGGCAGUAGCGAUAGUCCAGCCAGAAGAGCACCCCAAAUGCCGGCGAAUGCUCCUAUGGGUCCUCCACCACCACUACCCGUUAGACGAGGUCCCCCACCUAUACCAAAUCGUACAGGGAAUGCACCCCCCUUGCCGAAUAGACCAAAUAAUAAUUAAACAAAAUAGUUAUCAUAACGUACUUAAAUGGUAAGUAGCAAAGUUUUUUUUUCUGUCUUUUCCUCAAACUCUUAAAAAAGUUUGUCGAAGAAGGCUGAAAUCUCCGUGGAAGAGGAUAGAGAAGCGAGAAGAAUUAAACAUUCCUUUAUACAUAUAUGUAUGUGUUUUUAAAAAACAAAUAAUCAAUCAAACUAAAAUACACAUUAUUGCAAUUGUAAUUCCAAAAAACAAAAACAAAUUUAAUUAUGAAAAUAUAUUAUUAUUAUUAUUAUUACUAUACUUCGAGAAGUACUCAACUCAAAUAAAAACUGCAUCAUGUAUUACUUUA